AUGAAUGUAGUUCUGUACAUCACGACUGAAGCAUCACGAAGAGGCAGUAAUAAAUAUUGUUAUUACAGGCAAGAGAACUCUGCUGAUCAUACUACAUACAAGUUCCUGAACAUUACUCCAGUCAUCUCCCAGCAAGACCUGGCUGAGGAUGUGAUCAUUGUCCACAACUCGUACUCUGGGAACAACAGCCGACUGGACCUCACCUGCUUGGCCAGCGACACCAACAGGCGGCUCACUGAGGAGGAUAUUUUAUCCUGGCGCUAUACAAAGCCUGAUUUUGAUUUAAAAAAUUUUCAGGAGAGGUUUACAGAAAGUGGCAAGUGUGUAUUCCCGUAUAACUAUGGGGGAAAGGAAUACUGGGAGUGCAGUUACAUAAGGAGUAAACACCCGUGGUGCGGCACGGACCCGAUUAAGGAUCCUACAUCCACCAGCAACUGGGACUACUGCACAAAAAACAAAGGAAGAUGGGCUAUUUACCAGAAGUCACCAAGAGGAGUCAAUGUACGAGCUGUAAGAUGCCUGGGAAGGAGUUCUGCUACAGAUGUUCUGGCCGUUGUGCAAGUCCCACACCAGUUUUACGUGUCAAACACAAGCACCAUUCGCGCCAGCCUUGGAGACCACUUGAGGGUUCCCAUCACCAAGACCAAGGAUCUGCCCGAUGAAGUGUUCAUCCGCAGACUUCCAGAUGGAUGGAUGUAUGGGGCUGAAAUCACUGCUAAUGUUUCCCUUAACUUGACCUUUGACCCGGUCACACUCGGAGACGCUGGAAUAUACAUCCUUGGUAAUGAUGGCACAUCUAACAAACUGAAAACCUUUAAUGAAGCCAAGGCCAAGGUUGAAAUUAAUGGUGCUUAUUUACAUCUAAUUGUUCGAG